AUGGUAUCCACACGGCAGAAGCCUGAGGAACCUGGGGGCAGUCGCCCCCCAUACCUUGUGUCCACUAGGCCAACGGCCGCUACAAAGCAAGAUGCUAGGCGUUGCCGCACUGGCAAGCAAAUAGCGGAUGCUUACAAAGGAUCCAAUUUGCAGAAGGAACUUGAAACGUCGCAAGAGAGCUCCCAUCAGUCCACGGGUCGCUGGGGUAGGGCUGCAACGGAUCCAGGUGAUCGCCAUCCGACCCGCGUCCCCAUCCACGAUCGCCUUGGGCCUCGUCCAGCUUUCAAAACAACCAGCGAAGCUCUAUGGCGCUUGGUCGAGAAAGAGGGCGAUCGCCGACAACGCUCCCCGAAUCGCAAGGACACGAGAGGCAGGCGAUGGAGCGGUCGCGGCAGCGGGAAGGGCGAUGGUAACAAUCGAGAAGACCAUGACAAGGCGAAAAAGACGCCACCACGCAACACGCCAUUGCCCGCAAAGACCAUAAUCCACGAUAUCCCGCUAAAUGCCAUAUUCUGUAUGCCGCUGGAGGUCCAAAGCAUCACUUCUGCAAAGGUAGCAGCACGGCCACCCCCGCCGGGAGAAUCCGACCACAAUCUCUUUAAACCUUCAGAGACCAUCACUUUCUCAGCUGAUUACGCAGUCACCGGUCCUCCUUCGAGCGUGGACGCAUUAGUAAUCAGUGCGAUCAUCCACAAAAAAGAGGUGCGCCGAGUUUAUGUCGAUCCUGGAAGUGGCGUGAAUGUCAUAUAUCAAGACUGUUUUCAAAAACUGGGGAUCGACAAGUCACAACUGCGACCCUGUGCUAUGCCAUUGAUGGGUUUCUCCAACCACAUCAUCAUCCCCACGGGGAUGAUUACUCUCAGCGUCACAGUUGGUGAAUAUCCCACUUGCAAGACAGAGCUUUGCGAUUUCGCCGUGGUUGACGUGGUCGCACCAUUCAACAUCCUGCUGGGCAGGCCCUGGAUGAACCAGGUAAAAGUCAUAUUCUCAUCCUAUCACUUGGUCAUGAAAUUUCCGACCGACUAUGGCAUCGCCGAAGUAAGGGGUGACAGGCAGUUGGCUCACCAAUGCAUGUCGGUCGCGGCCAGAAAGGGGAAACAAGCACUCACGAGCGCGAAUGUAAACCAAGUGCUGCUGUCUAGCACCGCGAAUGAGACCGCGACCCCUUACCUUGAAGUUAUACCAACUGGCCAAGACAUGGCAAUCCCGGAUCUAUCAGAAACGAUGGCCCGGACGACAAAACUGCUGGCGACACUGAGGAGAUUUCUCUAA